AUGCCGGUUGUCUACGCCUUCGGAUCGAAUGGAUCGGGACAGUUGGGUAUAGGUCAUACAGAAGAUACUGCGAGGCCGGAAAAAUGUGUUUUCCAACCGUCCUCUACAAGGCAAGUCGACGACGACCAGCACGCCACCGAGGCCGCCGUGACAAUGGCUCAAAGGUAUGCAAAUGUAAAUGUGAACAAGAUGGUCGCCGGGGGAAAUCAUACUCUUCUCCUGACGAACGACGGUCGACUUUUCAGUGCAGGGAAAUUCGGAUGCAGACUGGGCGACAAGGAGUCGACUUCUAUUUUUGUGCAGCGCCGUUUUGGUUCCGCUCAGUUAGGGACGACUAGCGUUCAAGCGGUCCCGCCUUCAGCUUCAACACCGUCGACUCCUCAGUCUGUACGAACAGAAGACACCCAAUUCCCCACUGGUGUUGGAAGGAUCACAGACAUCGCAGCGACAUGGGAUGCGUCUUUCAUCGUUGUCGACCACAGAACUGUGUUUGUCUGUGGAACUGGCUCGAAGGGCGAACUGGGACUCGGUGAAGGUGUUGAGCGCGCAGAGUCCAUGACCAAACUAUUCGAUGUCGCCGACUUCCAGCCAGAGCCCGGUCGUGACGCUACGGCCGGCGUAGCCGAUGAUGAUGGGAAAGGUGAUAAAAAGGGGCAUGUGUGUGGCGGCGAAACUCCAAUCCAAAUCCUCGCCAUUGCAGCGUGUAUGGCUCACGCCGUGCUGCUCUUGUCGAAUGGCCAUGUCGUUGGUUGGGGAAAUUGUCGCAAGGGACAACUAGGGGAGCGCGUCAAGGACCGAAAAGCACUGUGGACGCCCACGACGAUUGCGCCGGGGUACGGCACACCCAUCGUGCCCCUCGAAAGCUGUCUAGCACACACGGCCGUUGACCAGGACGCCCAUGGCACUGAGCGCUUGCCAUGGAACCCAGAGAGCGUGGUGAUGGGUCGGGAUUACACCGUUUUCCUAAAGACAGGCGAAAAGCCAGUCAUCUGGGGAGACAUGAAGUUCAUUGACCAAGGAUCAAAGUUGCUGAGACGACCACUCGGGGUCGGUGAUCAAUUGUUCUCUGCCUGGUCUUCAAUUCACCUCUAUUCGCCGCAGCAAGGAUCGGUGCAAAGUACCGGCAGAAACGACCGCGGUCAAUUGGUGCCCGCUGGACUCCCUGCUAUCCAAGCGCUGGCUGCAGGUAGUGAACACUGCGUCGCGCUGACGGCAAACAAUCAAGUCAUCGCCUGGGGAUGGGGCGAGCACGGUAAUUGCGGUGAAGAGCUGGACGAGAAGGGCAAUGUCGCCGAGCGGUGGAAUGCCAUACAGAUGCCGCGACUCGACGACGAGAGAUUGAUGGCGAAAGGUGUAGCGGCGGGCUGUGCCACGAGUUUCGUGAUUUGCGGCAUCAAGGACGGAUAA